AGUAGCUCGGAAGCAGAUCCUCUGAGCAGCUGUAGGCGACAUGAUCUCCUCCAAGGUGGUGCCCCAAGAGGAGGCUCAGCGGGAGACACUGUCUGAAGGUCGACUGGAAGCAGAGUCAUCCGACGAGGCUGGCCCUAGCUGGGCCGCAGGGCCGCCAUCAGAGCGCCUGCCGCCCCUGGGUCAGGAGGCACCUCCACCACGCCGCUGCCACACCGACUGUUUGGAAGCGCCCCUGUCGCGCUCCUUCCAGCGCCUUGGCGCCGCGGUGGGUUCUCACCCCUGGCUGUUUUUGCUUGGGCCUGUGCUACUGACGGUCGCACUGGGCACCGGCCUUAUCUUCCUGCCCAAGGAGAAGGAGAACCUGGAGGAGCAGUACACGCCGAUUGGCAGCCCUGCCAAGGCCGAGCGGCGCUUCGUGCAAGGUCACUUCAGCACCAACGAUUCGUACCGCUUCUCCGCCUCCAGGACCAGCUCUGAGUCCAACUUCGCGUCCAUCCUGGUGGUGUCUCUCACCGACACGCUCCUGGAGCCGAGGACAUUCACAGAGGUGAGCAAGCUGGACAGUGCGGUGCAGGCGCUGAAGGUGGUACAGGAAGACGGAACGCAGAUCCUGUACAAAGAGGUGUGCGCCAAGUACAAGACGCUGUGCGUGCCACCCAACCCUCUGCUGUAUGCCUGGCAGCAUAACUUGUCAUUGGAUCUAUCAAGCCUCACCUUCCCCAUUCAUAACCUGUCCAACCACUUCAUCUACUUGGCGGGCUUCUUUGGGGGAAACGUCUUGGGCCAAACGGUGGGAAGAAGUCAACGACUUGUCCAGUCCCGAGCGUUGAGGCUGCUGUAUUACCUCAAGACCGAAGACCCCGAGGACAGUGCGCGUAGCAAGGCAUGGCUGACUCACUUUCUUGACCAUUUCAACGACAUGGAGAACAGUCUGACUUUAGAAAAGACAGAGGUAGUCUACUUUACAUCCCUUUCAAGGCAGCUGGAGUUUGAGGCAACCUCCAAAACUGUAAUUCCUCUGUUCCAUCUGGCAUACAUUUUAAUCAUACUGUUUUCAGUUGUAUCAUGUUUCAGGUUGGACUGUGUAAGAAACAAAAUGUGGGUAGCAGUCUCUGGAGUGUUUUGUGUUGCCUUGUCAGUGGUGAGCGGCUUUGGCUUGAUGUUGCACAUUGGAGUCCCAUUUGUGAUCAUAGUUGCAAAUUCACCAUUUCUUAUUCUUGGUGUUGGGGUUGAUGACAUGUUUAUCAUGAUUUCUGCUUGGCAGAAGACCAGCCUCAUGGAAAGUAUAAGAGAACGACUCUCCAAUUCAUAUUCAAAGGUGGCAGUGUCCAUUACAAUCACCACCCUCACCAAUGUCCUUGCUUUUUACACAGGAAUCUCCAGCUCUUUCAGGUCUGUACAGUAUUUUUGCAUCUAUACAGGAACAACUCUGCUCUUUUGCUAUUUUUAUAAUAUCACCUGUUUUGGAGCAGUUAUGGCUCUGGAUGGUAAAAGAGAAGUUGCGUGCUUCCACUGGCUAGAAAAGCCAGACCCAAAAUAUGCCUCAUUAAAAAAAUCCUGCUGUGUCCCAUUUGGCUCAACCCCAGAGGAGAAUGGAGAAGAUAAGCAUCCAAUGAAUUUGUUCUUUAGAGACUAUUUUGGUCCUUUCCUCACAACUUCUAAAGCCAAGUUUUUUGUAGUGCUGAUAUACAUUUUCUACAUCAUAAGCAGUAUAUAUGGAUGUUUCCAAGUGCAGGAAGGGUUAGAUCUUCGGAACCUUGCGAGCGAUGAUUCCUACAUCACACCAUAUUUUAAUGUUGAGGAAGAUUAUUUUUCAGACUAUGGUCCAAGGGUUAUGGUCAUAGUCACUGAGAGUGUUAACUACUGGGAUGGUGAUGUAAGACAGAAGCUGGACAACUGUAUGAUAAAAUUUGAAGAAAACGAAUAUGUAGAUAAAAAUCUUACAGAGUUUUGGUUGAAAGCAUAUAUUCAAUAUAUGAAUAACAGUGGAAAUAAUCCUAAUGACAAGAAUACAUUUAUGAAUAAUAUUUCAGGUUUUUUAAAAGUUUCCCCUGUUUUUACAUAUGAUAUUAAUAUUUCCUCAUCAAAUGAGAUCACUGCUUCCAGAGGCUUCAUUCAGACUGUAAGGGUUUCUAUGUCAAGCAAUAAGAAGAGAAUGUUACUGCAGUUACGAGGCAUAGCUGAGAACUGUGAGGUUCCCUUGAUGGUGUAUAACCAGGCAUUCAUCUAUUUUGAUCAGUAUGCUGCGAUAAUAGAGAACACUGUUCGAAAUGUCAUGGUUGCGUCAACAGCUAUGCUCAUUGUUUCUUUAUUGUUAAUUCCUCACCCAGUGUGCUCCUUGUGGGUUACUUUUGCUAUUGCGUCUGUGAUUGUGGGAGUGACGGGUUUUAUGGCAUUCUGGAAUGUUAAUCUUGAUUCCAUAUCCAUGAUUAAUCUUGUUAUUUGUAUAGGGUUUUCUUUUGAUUUUUCUGCACACAUUUCCUAUGCAUUUGUUUCCAGUACUGAGACCUCAGUAAAUAAAAAGUCAAUUGAGGCAUUAUAUAUGCUAGGCUAUCCAGUGCUGCAAAGUGCAAUUUCAACAAUAAUAGGGGUGUGUGUUUUAUCUGCAGCUAAAGCUUACAUCUUCAGGACAUUUUUUAAGAUUAUGUUUCUUGUUAUGUUUUUUGGGGCUGCUCAUGGCCUAAUUUUUAUUCCAGUAUUCUUAACCUUUUUUUGAAAGUUUGUUUCAGUACACAGUAAAUAGCCCUAACCAGUUAAAGAAUUCCUGAUGACCUGAAUCCAGUCUGAUUGCAAAAUGUACUAAUUAAGACUAGUCAAUAGAAAAAGAGAGAGAUAAAUUAGAAGAGGCAUUUCAGGGUAAGAAAAACCAGGGGUGAGGGUGGGAGGGAAGGGAGAGUAAUGUGGGAUAUAAACAAAGAACAUUGUAUACAUGUAUGAAAAUGUCUCAAUAAAAACCACUAGUUUGUCCAAUUGGUAUGUCCUAAUAAAGUAUGAAUUAUUAAUGUAUAACUAAAAACAGAUAUAAAGUGUUAAAAAUAGUCAUUCCACUUUAAAGAUGUUUUCUUGAUUUUGAAGUUCCAUAUUACAUUAUUCCUUAACAUAUUCUGAGAAAAAUUAAAAUGUCUUUACCAAAUUCAGAAAAAUGUUAUCAUCUUUAUUCUAAUAUCUACAAUAAGUCUUAGUUACUUUUCUAUUGAUGUGAUGACCAAAACCAAACUUUGGAAGGAAGGGUUUAUUGCAGUUUAUAGCUUACAGUCCAUCACAAUGAAAAGUCAGGACAAGAACUGGGAGACAGGAACUGAGGCGUAGACUGUUAGAAAAGCUCUUAUUGGAUUGUUCCUCAUAGGGUUGCUCAGCCUGAUUUCUUACAUACCUUAGGGAACCUUUCCAGAGAUGGACCAGGAAGGGACUGUAAGCUAGGUGCUGUGGGUACUGAACUAUCAAAGACAAGACAUUACUCUCUCUUUCUCGAGACAAGAGAUUUUCUGUGUAGUCCUGGCUAUUCUAGAACUCACUCUGUACACCUGACUGGCCUUAAACACAGAUCUGCCUGCCUUUGCCUCCUGAGUACUGAUAUUAAAGGUGUGUGCCAACCCUGCCACCUCUGUCAUAAUGUUGUUUGGGAACAUACAUAGUUUUUUGAAGGAGAUAGUAUUCAUUCUGUCUAAAUAAAUUUAUUAGUAAUUAGUAAGUAGGAAUAUAUUCAUGUUGUUUCAAAAAGAUGGAUUACAUCAUUUUUGGUUUUGGACAUAUGCUUUAUUUCUUCUUGCUCAUCUUCCUUAAUAAACUAUGACAGAACAGA